CAAUGACAGCAGUAUGUACUUCGCUAGUACUGAUAAUUCUUCUGAAAUCACCUCAAACGGGCAGCAGUCUCAGGAUGUACAAAAGGAAACAUUUCCCAGUUUAGCUGAAGAGUCCAUGUGGAGAAUGAUAAAACAAACUCCUGAGUGCAUUCUAAUGACAUAUCAGGUACCUGAGAGGGUGACAGAGGCUGUCCUGAGAGAGGACCUGGGGAAGCUGGCGGGCAUGCGGGGGCGGCAGCCCUGGUUCUCACGCGGGCAGAGGGAGGAGCUGGUCAAGGUGCACUCCUGGAUUCAGAGCCAGACGAUCCCUCAAGGAAUAGACAUCCAAAUGACAUUACGUCAUGCUGCCCGCUCUUGUUCUUUCUUGGAGGGCUGCAUCACUUGCGAAAGCCAAGACUCCCUCAGCGACGCCGCAGAACCCUGUGGUCAAGCUCCAGCAGCGAACAGUGGUUGAGUGGCCGUGGAGGCGUGCCCGCCGGAACCCACUGGACAACCAGACCUCUUCAUGUGUCUCUUUAAACCCCGACUCUAAGUGACCAUGAAGUUGUCACUGAAUGUUAAGACUUUCCCUUCUUGAUAUUUUAAUAGGCAUCGUUUCUCUG